GCUUUGGUGCUUCCCGUCAUCGAAAGUUUGGCAUUCAACAACCCUGACGAUGUCCACGGAGCUUUGUCGCCAGCUUGGGAAGUGCUGGUGGAGCAGCGGAACGCUGCAGGGCUUGUACCUGCCAGCGAAGAAGGCCAGCCUCAGAAGCCAAUGAGUCGUGAGGAAGCGGCUUUUCAGUAUCGGCGUGUGCAAGACGGGCAGGUGGACUCCGCACGGCUUUUGCUCGUGUUCGGGUUGGUACCAUCCGCCAGGCAUCUGGACCCAUCCACUGCGGAGCUCUUCCGCUGGGAGCGUGAUAGCUCCAAGUCAAGCGGCAGUGGGCAGCUUGCUUCUUACCGGUCGUGUCACAAGCGAGACAGGGCUCAAGCGGGGAAUUCCAGGCAGUUGGCAACGAGUGCGUUGCAGCGCUAUGCCGAUGGAUCCACGCCUCUUCACCUGGCAGCCACGUUCGGUCUUUCGGAGUCUUUGGAUGCUUUGUUGCAUGCCCGUGCUGACGUCCAUGCCGCCUCUGAUUCAGGUGUCUUGCCAAUCCAUGCCUCUGCCAUUGCUGGCCAUCGCCACUCUCUGGAUCUGCUCGUGAAAGCGCGAGCCGACCCCAAUGCUCCACACACCUUUGCAAGCACCUCUGCAAUGCACUUUGCUGCCGAAAUGGGCCACUCGGAGGUAGUGCGGCGGCUGUGCGAACUCCGUGCAAAUGUCGAGGCAUCGAAGGCCCAGGGAGGUACGGCUCUCCACACAGCUGCCGAUACGAACAACUCGGCUGUGGUGCAAGCCCUUCUGUCGGAGCCCUGUUCCUGUGACCCCGAAGCGCUGCUGCUGGGCGACACACCGGCCCUGUACCUGGCAGCUUCGAGAGGCUUCCCGGACGUGAUCGAGGCCUUGCUGGCCGGCGGCGCCAGCCCUGACAGGACUCUCCGCCAACGCCGACGAAUGGGACGGAGUGGAGGCAAAGGGUCCAAGGCUUAUCCUUUGACUGCGGACCCCUCUACGGCCUCUGCGAGUCUUCCGGGCAGUCGGGAUGACAUGCCGGGCUUCGAGGAGGCGAACGGUGCCACGCCACUGCACGCAGCCUGCGAGAACGGUCACCUGCUGGCAGUGCAGGUGCUGCUGGACGGCGGUGCCCGGCAGCUAGCAACGAUGCAAGGUGUAACCCCGCUGAUCACUGCGCUCCAGUACCGCCAGCGAGCGAUUGCCCGGGUACUGCUGGAGAGCAGGACUCCGGCCAACGUGCACGUGGUGUCCCCUGCAGAUGGGCAAACGGCCCUGCACGUUGCGGCAGCCUACGGCUUUUCGGAGGUCGUUGCUGGCAUCUUGCGUCAUGGGGGAGCUUCCGAUGUCCAAGAUGCAGCAGGUCAUACCCCAAUGGACUACGCCCGAGACAGGCUGGUUCUGUGGACGACGUUGUCCGCCGCAACGUGCUCAACGGACUGGAGGAAAUCAUAA